AUGGAGGCUUCCGCUCACAUUUCAGAAACCCAGAAGACCGCGGGUAGCCCGAAUACAACCUCCCACGGCAACCUUCCAGCCUACUCUGGUGAACCCAGAACCCCUGGCUCUAAGUCAUCCACAACACGUCUGUCAGAGCUUGGCCUUGAUCUGAGCGAUAAGAUAGGACAUCCAGGUAACGCCUUUGCCGUCAUGAAGGCCCGUGGGAUCGAGCACAGCAAGCUUCCUCGCAAGAGCACUGGGAGCUCGAACCCAGACAGUCCAAUCGAGGAUACGCUCAGACCCAGCAUGUCUCGCAAGCUGUCGUCUGGGCUAGAUUACAAUGAGGAGCUUGCACUUCCAAUGCCGAAACCCCGCCAUUCUCAACUUGAUUCCGGCGAGGAAAUCACAGCUCUUGGAGAAGAAACCAUCGGGCCUCAUCUUCUGAAGAAGCGUGUCAUAUCAGAACCCUGUCCUGCCAAGGAAAUACCUAUCCCCGAGCCUCCAUCUCCAGGUGAUGGAAAGAAAAAGUCACGUUUGGAAAUCAUCAAAUCGAAGCUCAGUUUCAAAGACUUGCGCAAAGAGGCUACUCAAGAUGAGGGCAGGGUUUCCAUUCCUGGUUUACCCGCUACUGAGGUUCCUAGAGAGACCCUCUCCAGCAAGCCUUGCGUCCACCAUGUCAAUUUCGCAGAUCGCUCCUGCGCCCACCAGGAUCCCGGUCCCUCCCCUAGGAGCUUUAUCCUAUUCCCAGGGGGGUUGGCACCUUCUAGAGCAUUAAGCAGUCGUCGUCCCGGCAGCUGGGGCAGUCAACGCAGGAUUGUCCCCGAUCCCAUGGCUAGCAAAGACACGACUGGAACUUCUAGCAAGACUGAACGACGAAUCUCGGUUGGAAGCAAUCAGCCAGACAUUGUUGUGACGCGUUCCAGUCCUGAGACUCCCUGUAGGAAGCAAAUCCCGCCUGUAUUGCACACCACUGCACCAGAUUACCCUCCAACCGGGUAUUCCCCUCCCAACGCUUCUGACCUCACAGAGGGGACCGGUAAAGUCAAGUACCUUCCAAAGGCGUGGCUGGAAGGAUUCUCUCCUUCACCAGCGCCGUCUUCAAGCACUCGGUCCACGCCGAAGCGCCAAUCUCCAACUGCCUAUGCCGAAAAUGAGCCUCCUGUGACGUCCCUGCCAAAUUACAUGUCUUCUUUCAGUGAGCGCCUUGAUAAGGCCAAUUUGCCCCUAGACAAACCCAUUUCCGCAGAGAUCCGCAACCGCAGCACCGCAACGCAUGUCGAUAACAUUGUUGACAUGGUGCGAUCUAUUCAGCGACAGGCUGAUUCCGGAACGACCAGCCUGAACAAGAAACUGGAAGAACUCUCAAGCUGGAUCGGCGAUCAACUCAAGAACCAGAUUGAAGGCAUCGGAGAUUUGUCACGCGCCAACUCAGAUCUUCAUUCUCGCCAGUAUGAAAUCUCGCGGGAGAUGAUGAAGUUCCAGUUGGAUAUCCGGCUGGAGAUUGGCGUUAUGGAGCGGCGACUCAAUGUCUUCGAAAUGAGAGUCAUGGACGAACUACAAGCUGAAGUGCGGUCAUUGGCUCGCUCCUAUGAAGAACUAAAUCAAAAGACUGAAAACUUGAUCGCCAAGCAUUCAUCUGAUGAUAAUCAAAAGUUCAUCGACUACCAGCACCAAAAGAAUGCAGAAAUCGAGAAUGAAAUCGCCUAUCUAAAGAAUCAGCGAGAGGCCUCUAUUUCAAUCCCUCCUUUCUCAACUGCUCCCCAGGCUAUUCCUCAGACCCAGCAGCGACAAAGUGAGUCAAGUACUGCUAGCGCCGAGCCCUUGAUCAAGCAAGCUGAUCUUCUUGCUCCUUCUGGUCCUCACUCUGUUCCAACAUCUCCAGCUCGAAGUAGAGUUGUGACCACUGCACUAGCGAAGUCAGGAAUUGUCUUCCCGCGCAGUGUAUCUUUCACGAAGAGAGGUCUUCGAAAAAGCAUGAGAGACACUGCACCUACAGUGCUCGAAUCAGAAGAACAAGGCAGCACGAACGAAGAGUCGAAGAAAUGGAAUGUCUUUGGUCUCCGCCGCCGUCGCAAUCCUAGCGACAGUUCUGCCAGCAGCACAGGCAAGUUCUCCUGGGCAUACAGCCGUCGUCUGAAGGAUGCCCCAACUCCAGAUAAUGGCAGUUCGCGCUCGUCCACGCCGCCCGUCCCCCCCAUUCCGGUUCCAAUAAUCCGCGCCAUGCAAGGCAAUCUUGCGAUGGUGAGUGUUGUUCACCCUGCAUUUCGAAACCCCGUGCAGAAAGCCCCAAUGGAUGACGGGUCGCCAUCGUCUCCCGCAUCCGCCCAACGGCAUUCGGAGAGUGCUAGUUCGAACAAAGGUGGUGAAAUCAAAGACAAUGGAGCAAAGCAGGCUGGCGUCAAGCCUGUCUCUCCUGCUUCUACUCCUACUUGCUCUCCUGACAACAAGCCUUCUACCACAGAAUUUCUCGCUCCUGAUGUUUAUCAUGAUCAUCCUGAGGCUUGCAUCCGCGACUCCGUCGCGAUUCGCCAAUCCAUUGAAGAUAUGCAGAAUCCUCUCCUUGGUGACGCAGACGAGGAGAGUCCAGAUUGGGAUCGCGUCUCUGGAAGAAGCGAAGUCCGCUGA